GAAAAAGUGAUAUAGAAAAAAAAGAUUCGAUUAUUGAAGAUGAUUCUACAAUUCCUAUGGCUGUUAGCACCAAGGAUGAUCCAAGUUUACAAUGCUUAACAUUUAGAUUUUGGGUCUUGAGUACGCUCUUCACAGUACUUGGCGCAGCAAUAUCUACAUUUUACCUUUUUCGUCCGAAUGGUCAAAAAUACUCCGUCUUUUUCGUGCUGCUUUCAUCAUUUUUCUUGGGACAUGGGAUGGCUAAGGUGCUUCCAAAGAGAACUUUUAGUAUUUGGCGAUGGAAAUUUAGUCUCAACCCAGGUCCAUUUAAUGUCAAAGAACACGUUUGUAUAGUAUUAGCCGCCAAUACUGGAGGUGGAUCGGCUUUUGCUAUUGACGUUAUUUCCAUGCAAGAACUUUUCUAUAACACGCAUGUACCCUUUUUUAAAGGUUUCCUUCUGAUAUUAAGUACUCAAGUUUUAGGAUUCGGAAUGGCAGGAUUUCUUAGAAAAUUGACUAAUAUGAUUGCAACAAUAGAUCUGGUUCGCCCAGCAAACAUGAUUUGGCCGGUUAACCUUGUAUACUCGACUAUGUUCAAUACAUUUCACAACAGUAUGCCCGAAGCACGUAAAAAGCUUCGAUACUUUGCUGUUGGAUUCAUUAUUGUGUUUAUUUGGGAAUUUGUACCGGUAUACAUGUUUAACAUGUUAACAAGUAUAGCUCUAUUAUGCCUAAUUGCUCCAUUCAGUAAGACAAUGAAUAGGUUAGGAAGCGGAUAUCAUGGUUCGGGAAUUUUAAAUAUUUCAUUGGAUUGGAAUGCACUUGGACAAUUCGGACCAUUAUAUACCCCAUGGUGGGUACAAGUGAAUUAUUUUGUCGGUGCAAUUAUUGGUGCAUGGAUUAUUGUUCCAAUUUUAUCAAUUAUCGAUAAAGAAACCGGUUCUUUAAAUGUCACGGCUUACGAAAAUUAUAGUCCAGUAUUUAUAUCGACUAGUUUCGCUUUUACAUAUUUAUAUUCCUUCAUGAUGCUUACUGCAACUAUAAGUCACGUGUGCUUAUUUUAUGGUGAAGAAAUUUGGAGAAGAUUCAAAGCUAAUCGUAAAGAAGAAGAGGGUGAUAUUCAUUGCAGAUUGAUGGAUAAAUAUCCAGAGGUUCCAAAUACAUGGUAUAUGAUAUUAUUUUUUGGAAUGUUAGCAAUUGCAAUUGCACUAGGAUACAUAACGGAAGCGCAUUUACCAGCGUGGGCAUCAAUUCUGGCUAUUGCAUUAGCAGUAAUAUUGGCUCUUCCAAUCGGAGUUAUUACGGCGAUAUCAUCAAACACCCAACUUGGACUAAAUGUGAUAACUGAAAUGGUUUGUGGAUAUCUGAUUCCUGGAAAUCCUAUUGCCAAUGUAUACUUUAAAGCUUAUGGUUACGUGGCAUUGCUUCAGUGUCUUCUCUUCCUUUCCGACCUUAAGCUUGGUCAUUAUAUGAAAAUUCCUCCACGUUACAUGUUUAUUUCUCAAAUAUAUGCUACGGUCAUUGGAGGAUUUGUAAAUUAUUGGGUUUGCCAACUUAUUAUUCAAAUAAAACGACCAUUUCUUGAUGGUACAACAAACGAUCCAACCGGCCAGUGGGCAGCUAAUACUUCGCAAAUUGUUAACACAGCAUCGAUAGUGUGGGGCUUGAUUGGACCGGCAAAAACGUUUGGGCCCGGUUCUUUUUAUCAACCCCUACUAUGGGGAUUCUUAAUUGGGUUCUUUUUACCAAUCCCGGUUUACCUUUUACAUCGAAAAUUCCCAAAAGCUAGGUUUGAUUUGGUAAAUGUGCCAUUAAUUUGCAUUGGACUAGGAAUAAUUCCUGUAUACUAUAGAAAUUUUAUCAUUAUGGGAUUGUUGACAAGUUUUUUGAGUCAGUUUUAUGCCUAUCGAUACAAGAAUAGAUAUAAUUAUGCACUUUCUGCGGCAUUGGAUAGUGCAGCACAAAUUGCUACGAUGGUUAUCUUCUUUUGUUUUAAUGGAAUCGCUCAGAAUGGUGGGGAAGUAAUCAUGAAUCUCAAGGUGAAAGAUGCUUUGUUUCAAAAGAAAUUUGAUGAUAAAAAUCAUGAAUGGUUACUGUAG